CAAAAUUUACAAUACACAGAAAAGAAAGUCGCUAACUUCACUGCAGAGAUCUAGACAUGAAGAGCAGCAGGAUCAGAGUUCUGUUUGAAUCCCUCAUAUCAUGUGGAAAACCUGCCAAAGUUUUGUCUGAACCAGAAAAUGAGAACGGCCAAAAACCAGUAGUGGAAAUAGAGGAAUCAGAAAUUACACAAGCCCAAGAAGUAGUGGUAGUAAUAGAUGAACCAGAAAAUGCUGCACAAGGACAAGGACAAGGACAAGAGCAGGUGGUGAAAGAUCCUAAACCAGAAAAUGCACAAGGCCAGAAAAUGGUAGCAAAACAUGAACCAGAAAAUGGAGGGGUGUAUGUAAUGGAAUAUAGAAAACGUAUAAUAACACAUCGAAAAAUAGCAAUACAUGCACGACGAUCAGAACCUCCACCCAAACGAAAAUAUCGUGAUCCUCAAACGGGUUGAACUAAUACAAUCUUGGAAGUUCCUUCUUUCUUUCUUUUUUUGCUUUAUUUCGUAUUUGGUCAUCCUUCUACUUUCUCAAUUUUAAUUCCAGUUUAUCAAUAUGAGAUGGGUAGAUUAACGAGUUUGUGUAAGUAAUUUUUAAUUUCUUUCAUAUGUUGUCAAUAAUGAAAACAGCGGCGAAGCCAGAAAUUUAUCCAAUGGUGUUCAAAC